GAUGCUGCCCCUCAGGAGAAUUAACCAAUACAUUCGAUAUUUGGUGUGUAUCAUCACGGCCACAUGUAUAUCUCUGAUCUCCAUUUAUUUGCUGUCUCCUCAGUGGCCACCUUGCUUUGGACAUAUAAUUCCCAAAGAUAAAUUUGAACUCUACAACAAAUCUCAGCCGCUGGAGGUUACAGUUGUCACAGCCUAUUUCAACCUGGAACGAUUUCAGAAAGGGUCCGGAAAGUAUUUUGACGCAAACCUUUACAUGACGUGGGCGAAGGUGUACCAAUAUAUUAGAAGCCCUUUUGUGUUUUAUACAGAUUCAUCGGAUACUGCUGAAACAUUCAGAAAGAUGAGAGCAGGAUAUGAAAACAUUACAAAGAUUUUAUUGGUGAAUAGAAAAUCAGUGUGGGCCUUUAAUUAUGUUGAACGGAUUAAAACAAUAUAUUCAAUCCCGGGUUACCCAAAGCACCACCCUAACACAGUUGUACCGGAGUAUUCAUGUGCCCAGCAUGCUAAAUAUGCAACUGUUGAAGAAACCGUAGAGAAAAAUUACUUCAACACAACCUAUUUUGCCUGGAUAGAUUUGGGAUAUUUUAGAUACAUCGUUGGACGGAAGAAGGAGUUUGUGAUAGUAAAACCAAAAGAUUUCAACGAAUUUCAAAUCGCAAUGAACAAAGUGUACGAUGUGAGUAUGGACGUGAAGGUGGAUACUAUAUUUAAGGAAAAUCGGGUGUGGCUUGGCGGAGGGAUGAUUUUCGGAUCAAAGUACACUCUCCCGACAUUCAUAGCCGACUAUCGACACGCAGUUGAACGUUACCUGAAUUUGUCUCUUAGUAACACAGAUCAACAAGUGAUUUACUCGAUGAACACCAUCAAAGAAAAGCCUUACGUAAGAAGACGGGUGUCCAUACAGACAUAUUCAGCCCGAUAUUGCUGGUUCUAUUUGGGAUUUUCAUGUUACAGAGAAUUGCCUUGACAACAAUAAUGCUGUAUUAAUUUUGGAUAUUAUAUUAAAAAGAUACAGCAUGUGUUUCCUACAACGUGUGUUUGCUGCUACUGAAACAACUCACGUGUAAUUGUGCAAACUGAUGUUUGAAUAUGGAUUGCUUUAAGUGUGAAAAAUGUGUGAUGUCAUCCGUACUUGAAUACUGCAGUGAAACCUAGAUACACAGAUAACGUUUUGACAAAGCAAGGUUCAUGAUCAUUUCUUUGGAUCUGAGGGGCGGUGGGGUAGCCUAGUGGUUAAAGCGUUCGCUAGUCACGCAGAAGACCCUUGUUUGAUUCCCCAUUGGGUGCAAUAUUUCAAGCCCUCUUCUGCAGACCCCGCCGUGAUGAUGCUAGAAUAUUACUAAAAGCGAAGUGAAGCCACACUCACUAACUUGGAGUCGAACAAGGAUUCUGGCACGCCAACGGGACGCAGCUCAGUACUGGGUCUGACCUAUCUAAUAGCCGUAAAGACAAUAGUUUCCGAGGACCACAUGCCUGCUUAGGUGAACUGGAGAUAAGAGAGGAUUGCCCGUCUCAUUUCCCUGUCGUUGCUCCCAGUCAGUUAUAAGGGGCGGUGGGGUAGCCUAGUGGUUAAAGCGUUGGCUCGUCA